AUGGCAUUCGAUCGCUUUGUGGCCAUUUGCAUCCCACUGCAUUAUACAUCAAUCCUGACAACACCCAUGGUGAUUAAAAUAGGUUUAGUUGGCCUAAGCCGAGCUAUACUUCUGACUAUGCCAUGCCCAUUUCUCAUUAAAAGGCUGUUGUACAACACCAAAUUUGUCAUCCAUCAUGCAUAUUGUGAGCACAUGGCUAUAGUGAAGAUGGCUAGUGGUAACACUCAGGUGAACAGAAUCUAUGGAAUCUUGGUAGCCAUUUUAGUAACAAUAUUUGACCUUGGGCUCAUAAUCACAUCAUACAUAAAAAUUCUCCAGGCAGUGUUUCAGCUCUCUUCCCAGAAUGCCCGCUUUAAAGCCUUGGGCACCUGUGCUGCCCACGUGUGCACCAUUCUUGCCUUCUAUACUCCUGCACUGUUCAAUUUCCUAACUCAUCGUUUUGGUAAGAAUGUGCCUCCAAGUGUCCAUAUAAUCUUUGCAAUCCUUUACCUGCUAGUGUCUCCCACAGUGAAUCCCUUGGUGUAUGGUGCUAAGACCAAACAGAUUCGUGACAGAGUGGUGAGCCUUCUUUUUUCUCAAAAACAAAAAUUUUGA